UAUGGAACCCAACUUAAACCGAACCAGAAAUAUAAGGAACGUUAGGUGAACGCGAACGGUUCUGUCCAAACCGGAUCUUAACCUGUUUUGAUUAAACGCUAUAUUUAAUCAAUGCCCUUCUUCUCCAUCCACUCUCUCAGACAGACAUACAUACUCCUCCAAAUCUUCUUCUACUUUCAGGUUUGUGAUUGAAGCAUGGCUGCUCCAGUGCCUCCAGGAGCACAAAGACCAAACAAUCCUCAAAACACCGCUCCUCCAAAUUCUCUAGCUGCCAACAUGCACAACUUGAACAUUCUCCGCCCGCCUCCUCCCAUGCCUGGUUCUGGUCCUAGACCAUCUCCUCCUUUUGGUCAGCCACCACCACAACCUUAUCCUCAGUCAGCUCCUUCCUACGGUGUCCAACAACAACAACCACCACCUAGGCCUUCUCCUAUGCCGAGGCCUGGACCUCCUCCUCCUGCAUUGACUAGACCAGGUGGACCACCUCAGUUGUCCCAACCUGGCGGCAUUCCCUUUGGGAGACCUAGUGGUCCACCUUCUAGUCAGCCACCUUUCGGCUCUAGACCCCCUGGUGCUUUCCCAGGUCCACCUGGAGGUGUAGCUGCACCUCCUCCUUCUGGACCACGCCCGGUUGGUUUUGGUUCACCUCCACCUAUGGGACCUGGCAUGUCCAUGCCUGGUGGUCCCGUGACUAAUGGGCCUCCUCCGAUGAUGACUCCUGGUGGUCCGGGUCCUAUCCCAAAUGGGCCUCCCAUGAUGGGUCCAGGGGGGUUUCCCAGAGGAUCUCAGUUUCCAGGUGGUUCUAUGAUGGGUCCACCACCUCCAUAUGGACAGCCUCCCAAUGCACAUUCUCUCCCUGGAGGUUCACCAUUAACUUCGCCUCCUGCUCAUUCAAUUCCUCCCCCAACAACUUUUCCUGGUGCCCCUUAUGCCAUGCCAGGAGGCUUUCCUUAUGGAUUGCCAGCACAGCAGCAUCCUUCUGCUCCUGGCACCCCUGGUUCUAUGUAUGGCAUGGGUCCAGUGCCAAAUCAGUCGAUGACCACUGUGUCUGGCCCCUCGAAGGUUGAUCUUAAUCAGAUCCCAAGGCCAGGUUCAAUCUCAGGUCCAAUCAUGUAUGAAACUCGCCAGGAGAAUCAGGCUAAUCCUCCACCUCCUACUACUGUUGAUUAUAUUGCUAGAGACACUGGAAACUGCAGCCCACGUUACAUGAGGUGCACAAUCCAUCAGAUCCCAUGUACUGUUGAUCUUCUUUCUACAUCUGGUAUGCAACUGGCGUUAAUUAUCCAACCGCUGGCGCUUUCUCAUCCCUCUGAAGAGCCUAUCCAAGUUGUGGACUUUGGUGAGAGUGGCCCUGUUAGAUGCUCACGUUGUAAGGGAUACAUCAAUCCUUUCAUGAAGUUCGUUGACCAAGGAAGGAAGUUCAUUUGUAACCUGUGCGGAUACACUGAUGAGACUCCCCGUGACUAUCAAUGUAAUCUGGGUCCAGAUGGUAAACGUAGGGAUGCUGAUGAAAGGCCUGAACUGUGUAGGGGAACUGUUGACUUUGUUGCUACAAAAGAAUAUAUGGUACGAGAUCCAAUGCCAGCAGUGUAUUUCUUCCUCAUUGAUGUAUCAAUGAAUGCGAUUCAAACAGGUGCAACUGCAGCUGCUUGCAGUGCGAUCCAGCAAGUCCUCUCAGACCUUCCUGAAGGGCCUAGGACAUUUGUUGGAAUUGCCACAUUUGACUCAACAAUACACUUUUAUAAUUUGAAGCGUGCACUGCAACAGCCGUUAAUGCUCAUUGUUCCUGAUGUUCAAGAUGUUUAUACACCUUUAGAAACAGAUGUCAUUGUUCAAUUAUCUGAGUGUCGUCAACACCUAGAGAUUUUGCUGGAAAGUAUCCCAACAAUGUUUCAGGAAAGUAAGAGUCCUGAAUCUGCUUUUGGUGCAGCAAUUAAGGCUGCAUUCUUAGCGAUGAAGAGCACUGGAGGAAAGCUGAUGGUGUUUCAAUCAGUUUUGCCCUCUGUUGGCAUCGGAGCACUUUCUUCUAGAGAAGCCGAUGGGAGGGCUAAUGCCUCUGCGGAUGAAAAGGAGGCCCAUAAACUACUACAACCCGCAGACAAAACCUUAAGGACGAUGGCUAUUGAAUUUGCUGAAUACCAGGUCUGUGUAGACUUAUUUAUCACAAGUCAGGCCUAUGUUGACAUGGCUUCAAUUUCCGACAUUCCAAGAACUACUGGAGGACAGGUUUAUUGCUAUUACCCUUUCUCAGCUCUUUCAGAUCCACCCAAGCUCUACAACGAUCUGAGAUGGAAUAUCACUAGGCCUCAGGGUUUUGAGGCUGUUAUGCGAGUUCGAUGUAGUCAGGGUAUUCAAGUGCAAGAAUACUCGGGGAGCUUCUGUAAACGCAUACCAACUGACAUUGAUUUACCUGCGAUUGACUGUGACAAAGCUGUAAUGGUGACAUUAAAGCAUGAUGACAAGCUACAAGAUGGAGCUGAAUGUGGUUUUCAGUGUGCUCUUCUGUAUACGACCAUAACUGGAGAAAGAAGAAUUAGGGUUAUUAACUUAUCACUCCCUUGUACAAGCAUGCUAAGCAACUUGUUCCGCUCAGCUGACCUUGAUUCCCAAUUUGCUUGUAUGCUGAAACAAGCGGCUAAUGAGAUCCCUACCAAGGCACUUUCAUUGGUGAAGGAGCAAGCAAUUAGUAGUUGCAUCACCGCACUCAGCUCUUAUCGUAAAUUCUGUGCUACCGUUACAUCAGCUGGACAACUUAUUCUUCCUGAAGCACUCAAGCUGUUGCCCCUAUAUACUCUCGCCUUGACCAAAGGUGUUGGAUUACGGUCGGAUGGGAGAAUUGAUGAUCGAUCAUUUUGGAUAAACCAUGUGUCAUCAUUAUCUACUCCUUUGGCAAUUCCGCUAAUUUAUCCAAGGAUGAUUGCUGUUCAUGACCUUGAUACAAAGGAUAAUGAAGAAACCGUAGUUCCUUCUCCUAUCCCAUUGACAAGUGAAGACCUUCGUGACGAUGGAGUCUAUUUUCUCGAGAACGGUGACGAUGGUUUGAUUUAUGUUGGGGAGUCAGUAAACUCAGAUAUCCUGAUGAAGCUCUUUAAUGUUCCUUCAGCUGCUGACAUUCCAAGUCAGUAUGUGCUGGAGAAGUAUGAUAAUCAGCUCUCAAAGAAGUUCAACGAUGUGGUGAAUGAAAUUAGGAGGCAAAGAAGUUCUUACCUACGCCUUAAAUUGUGCAAGAGGGGAGAUCCAACAGGAAUGUUGUUCUUAUCGUAUAUGGUUGAGGACAGGACAGCGGGUGGGCCCUCGUACAUGGAUUUUCUGGUUCAGGUUCACCGUCAAAUCCAAGGCAAACUGAAUUGACUAGUCUCUCAUGUCUCCUCCGUUUUGUGUCUUCAAAAGCUUUAGAUUAGCAGCGGACUUAAAAAAGAAAAGAAAAAGGAAAGACAAUCUUGUUCCUUUGUACAUACUUUUGGCUGGAAACUUCAUUUUUAUUCUUCAAGUUCCUGUGUGCUUGAGAAGUUAUUUAUUCAAAGGAAGAUAGAAAGAGGGAGGAGAGAGACAGAGCAUGUGGUUUUUUUUUGUCUUUUUGCGCCUCUCUUAUUUAUACAAGAAGUCUUUUUUGUGGUGGUACUUAAAAGAGGUUAUUUUAAUUAACUUUUUUAGACAGUAUUUUGCGGUUGUAACCCUAUAUUUUUCUGCUAACUUUUACUGUUGCAUUGCAUCAGCUUGAAUGAACAAAGCAUUUUGCA